UUAGUGGCAAGAAGCAGUCUGACACAAUGGAUCCAGAAACUAUAUUCUACGCUGUGUUUGUGUUUAUGUGGCUGGUGUACUUAUGGGAGUCCUACCUAUCAUAUAGACAGAGGGAGUUAUACAGAACUGUUACCAAAAUACCCGAGAAGUUAGAAAGUGUGAUGGAUCAGGAGACAUAUGAGAAAGCUAGGCUGUAUAACCUGGACAAAAGCAAUUUUGGCUUCUGGGUUGGUCUAUGGGGAGAAAUUGAACAUUCUUUGAUACUGUUGUAUGGUGGAAUCCCCUAUCUUUGGAAUGUGUCUGGACAUUUCUUGUCCAAAUAUGGUUAUGACUCCAGCUACGAGAUACUGCAGUCUGUGGUAUUCCUGGUGUUUGCCAUGUGUUUCUCCACAGUAACCAGUAUGCCAUUUUCUGUCUACAGUACGUUUGUCAUUGAACAAAGACAUGGGUUCAACAAACAGACACCAGGUUUCUUUGCGAAGGAUCAAGUUAAGAAGUUCUUUGUUACCUUGGCUAUAGCUGUACCAAUAACGGCCCUGUUGAUCUACAUCAUCCAGAUUGGAGGGGACUACUUCUUCAUCUAUGUUUGGCUCUUCUUAUUAGUUGUCUCACUUUUGAUGAUCACAAUCUAUGCUGACUAUAUUGCUCCAUUGUUUGACAAGUUUACACCUUUACCUGAUGGAGAGCUUAGGACAAAAAUCGAAGAACUAGCAAAGAGCAUUGAGUUUCCCUUAACUAAACUCUAUGUUGUCGAAGGUUCCAAAAGAUCUUCACACAGCAAUGCAUACUUCUAUGGGUUUUUCAAAAACAAAAGAAUUGUUCUUUUUGAUACUUUGUUAGAAGAUUACUCUCCAUUGAAUAAAAACAAAAAGGAAGGAGAAUCUGAAGGAGAGAAAGAGAAGUCUGAAGAGGAGACAAAGGAAGAAAAGUCAGUUGAGGAACCUAAAGAAAAAAUAACAGAUGAAGUAGAGGGAGAUGAACCCAAAGAAGAAAGCAAGUCAGAUAAACCAAAAGAACACAAGAAGCAAGGAUGCAACAAUGAAGAAAUUCUGGCAGUUCUCUCUCAUGAGCUAGGGCAUUGGAAACUUGGGCACAUUAUCAAGAAUCUAGUCAUAUCUCAGGUGAAUUCCUUCCUGUGUUUUGCUGCCUUUGCAUUCCUGAUAGAGCAACAAAUAUUGUAUUCAGCAUUUGGGUUCAAUAACCGCCCUACAUUGAUAGGCCUAAUGAUCAUAUUCCAGUAUGUGUUCUCACCCUAUAACGAGAUUCUGUCAUUCUGUGUCACCGCAUUGUCAAGGAUGUUUGAAUUUCAAGCAGACAACUUUGCGAAGAAGCUAAGAUACACUGAACCACUUAAGACAGCCCUCAUCAAGCUAAACAAAGACAACCUAGGAUUUCCAGUGAAUGACUGGCUCUACUCAACAUGGCAUUUUUCACAUCCUCCAUUGCUGGAGAGACUUAAAGCUCUAGAAAAAUCAGAAUAGAGUUGCCUUGUAGUAUGGUGGCAUUAAAUACACCAGUCUUUUGUAGCAUUUUAUUUUAACAACAUCUGUGCAAUGAAAUUGUUCGAACAUUGAUGUUUUAGACAUUUAAUAAAUUACAUAUAAAUAUAUUGUAAUGCAAGUUUGAAUAUGGUUAUUCUGUGCACACAGUGAAGAUUUAACGUGAAUUGAAAAAUGUUGGCCUCAUUAGUGUGUUGAUGCAUAGAUUUAUAUUUGGUUUUCACCAUUAUCUGUAUAAGAUAAUUUCUUACCUUUUCUGUACUUGAUGCUGUUCAUCUAAGUCCAUUUUGAUUACCAGUCAGUUUGGAUAACUACCUCCAAGGUUAUGGUUAAUUAAUCAGAAUAUAGAAGAUUGACAGUAGACUAUUCUAAAAGUAAAGUCAUUUGCUGUGGCAGGCCUAUUUUCACUAUUGUUUUCAAGCACAGGAAACAGAAAACCAUUCGCCUAGUCAAGUGGUUAAUGUUUUAUCCGUUUGCAAGAUGAAUUUUCUCCCUGACAGACAAAGCAAGUCUGAGCUGUCGUUCUGCAUCUUUGGAAGUUGUCAGUUACUUUUAGACUAGAGUACAGGCUAGUACUGAAUACAGGAACAUUUACUAGGUUAAUGACAACCAUUACAUAACAAAUGCUGUUGAAAGUACCCCCAUAGACCUAGAUUCAGGUUUCACGAUUUCUUUAAAUAAGAAUUGAAUCAAGUACCUUACACAACUUUUCUAAUGUUUCACAGGCCAGACAAUUUCUAGUAUUUUGUCAUGAGUGCACUUCCUAUACAAAUCCAUAAAGAUUGCUUAUAAAGAAGCCUACCUAUUUACAGCUGCAUUGAUAAAAACAGGAGAAACACUAAAGUUGGAUGGAAGCUAUGAAAUAAAAUCUUCAGCAUCUGAAAACCGUGGUAGAGUUGCAUGGAGGCUAAGAAGUCUUCAGAAGUACGAAACAGAGGCCUAUCAUUACACUCCACUUUUUUGCUUUCUUAAUACUGAAAGUAUCACCAUAUAACUUCUAUCCUGAACAUAUCUGGCACCCGACAGGAAUCAUAUGCAUUUAUCUUCAUGAUUUUGUGAGCUUGUCACUGAUUGGUAUCUUUAAGUUUAUUAAAACCUCUAAAUGAGACACAUUUAAUGCUGGUUGUAUUGAAAACAGUUACCAGUAUCUGUCCUGAAAAAGUAAAUCUAGAAAUUUUACAGGGUCCAAAGGUUACAUUUAGUAGGGGUUUAUACUUGCUGUUGUAUUUGAUGUGUAUUUAUUCUUGCUGGUACACAAUAAAAUCUCGUAAAAAUGCUGA